UUGGAGAAGAGUCGGGGACAGGACCCGGAAGUGCGUGGAAGGGAGUGGUGGGUUCGCUCUCCCCCGCUCCCCCGCACCCCCGGAGCCCGUCUUCUGCGCGUAACGGACUUGCUUGUGGCCCAUACGUGGCUCCGUCUUCCAGUCCAACUAGACAAGAUCACAGCGGGCCGCGACGCACCAGCUCUUCCGCCACCUCUCUUCCCACCUGGGACCCUGGCAGAGCCGCCCGUUUGUUGGUGGAGGACAGAGGGCCCCGACGCCGGCCUUGUGAGGUGACUGGCCCUCUCCGGAGGGCCUUGUCAUGGCCUCCCCAAGUCCUGGGAAUUCCGCCUCUCCAGGUCAUCAACCCUCAUUCCCUUCCCACCCUAGUGUCGUAGGAUUUAGAGUUGGAAGGGACCCUGUAAAGAUUAUCUAGCCCAAACCCUCCUCAUUUUACAGAUUAGGAAACUGAGGCCUAUGAAAGGGAAGGGACUUGCCUGAGGCCACGCAGGUAUUAGGGAGCCGAGCUGGGAUUCGGACCCAGGCCUUCGUAGUUUUUGUAGCCACUUGCAAUCGCUUGUUUGCCUCACUUAGCCCAACUCCAAGUAGGCUUAUUUCUUUAAAUUAAUUUCAAGGCCACAACCUCUCCCUCAGUUAGUUUACCUUGGGUAACUGACAGAUCAAAGUUCAUUACACAGGGAGACAUACCUUUCAAAAGAAAAAAAAUCUACUCGGGUUAACCCUAGAUGAGGGUUAUGUAAGCAUGUUGACUCCUGACCUGCAGAUUUCUAACUUUUGAAGAGGGAACAGUAUAACAAACAAAAUGACUGUACAACCUUAACAUCACUCAGCCCAAAAGAAGAAUAUGAACCAAGGAGGUGGUAAGAUACCUGGAUAAAACUAUGAUUUUCUGCAUGUUUGUUUUAAGUGUUUUCUGCUAAAUGUGUAAAGAAAAGGAUGUGACCUUUAAGAAUGCACUUCUAUCAUGUGUCCUGUUGAGGCUUGGAGGAAAAAAGGAGGAUCCUGAUAUGGGUCGAAGAUCAGAAGACUGGUAAAGCAUUUCUUACCAUACCUGAGAAAUAUACCCAUUAUAUAUAGUUAAAUGGACUUCAGUGGAUCUGAAACUUCAUUAUUAGGUUCUAAUGGUGACUAAAAUAGAGACGACACAAUUCAUCACAGAAAGAAACAGAUAGGCCCGAGCCCCGGAUGUUCAGAGAAACUGAUAAUAAAAAUGGAAAACAUUGAGAAUGAAAAAGAAAAAGCAGAUGAUGGUGGGAAAUCUGAUCCAGAGAAGACACUAGACUUUUCUGAAUAUUUUAACCAGCUGGAAUUGUUAGAAACACAUAGACACCUAAUUCCCCUUGGAACUCAGAGCCUCUGGGUUGAUGAUACUGAUGAAGAAGAAGAACAGGAUGAAGAAACAGAGGAGUGGUAUCAAAUGCAAGAACAAAAACUGGAAAAGGAGCCAAACAAAUUGCUUCUUUGGGCUGCUGAAAAAAAUCGGCUUGCCACAGUACGAAGGCUGCUUUCUGAAAAGACCACUCAAGUAAACACCAGAGAUGAAGAUGAAUACACACCUCUCCAUCGAGCAUCAUAUAGUGGACACUUAGAUAUUGUCCGAGAGCUGAUUGGCCAAGGGGCAGAUGUUCAUGCAGUGACAGUAGAUGGCUGGACUCCCCUACAUAGUGCCUGUAAAUGGAACAAUACCAAGGUGGCAUCUUUCUUACUUCAGCAUGAUGCAGAUAUCAAUGCUCAAACAAAUGGCCUGUUGACCCCCUUGCAUCUUGCUGCAGGAAAUAGAGAUGGCAAAGACACCCUAGAACUCCUUCUGAUGAAUCGUUACAUCAAACCAGGCCUAAAAAAUAACUUGGAAGAAACAGCAUUUGAUAUUGCCAGGAGGACCAGUAUCUACUACUACCUCUUUGAAAUUGUAGAAGGUUAUACAAAUUGUAAACUGGAGUCUUAAGCAUUCUGAUAAUUUUAAUCAGUUUCUGAUAGCCGCAGCUCCUUUGGAUAAAAUACAAAAACAUUCCAGAAUAUGAAAUUUAAUUCAAGGAAGAUGUUUUAAAAACACUCAGUAGUAUUUAUUCCGGGUGAUUAGACAGAUUUACUGUCAAAGUAUAUAUGAAAGGGCUCUGAAGGGUUUUCUACUAUUUAUGUCUAUGUGAUGAUUUUGUGAUAUGAUCAAACAUAACUAUCUUACCUGUACUUUCUGUAUUCAAGUGUCAUAUUAAAAUGUGUCAUUUUGGGUGUUAAACCAAAUAAAAUGCUUUUUAAAACAUCCUA